CGCCGAUGGUAUAUAAUAUCGUAUCGCUUAGCCCGUAAAAACAACGCGUAGUUAUAGUCUUCAAAACAAAUGCAGCAACAUGCUCGGCAGAAGUAUUGAUAGCUCAGGCAAGCAGCCAACAUUUCAUGUGAUACGUGAAGUCUACGACAGUUCAAAUGCGCACGAACGCUUUGAAGCGGAGCUGGACAAAGCGCUUGAGGCCAAGGUAGACUUCAUUAUCAUUGAGCCGCCGCGUUUGGGCGAUGAAACCGGUCGCUGGAUAUGGGUGGGCAAUUGCCUGCACAAAACGGCAGUGGCCACCGGAGUUGCGUCCCUUAUAUCCAGUUUGUUGUGGUACGACCGUCCUGUGAUUGCGGCUCCCGUUUGUGCCAUGUCACUAUUCUGUACUGGCUUGUACACAGUGUCAUGGAACUACGAUCCUUGCUGCCAGUAUCAGGUGGAGGAGAACAAUGAAGUCGCAUUAAACAAGCUGCCACUAACCGAUGUAUCCUCGCCUGUAAUCCUGGGCUAUGCGCCCAAUACUCAAACCAAAUACUUGCAUCGCGGCAUCACAUUCUUAUCGGCAGCGUUGUGUGCCUGGCAGAUUUGGCGAUCCUACAAGUAGACGACGACACGAUCUGGGAUCAGAUAAUCGGCCAGCCAGCCAGCCAUUGGCUGCAGUCUGCAGCAAUACGGCGCGUUAUCUUGAACUUGACUCAAGUAUUUGGUUAAUAAGUUUAGUUAAACGCCAUUGCGUAUGCAUUUCUUUUAGAAUUUCAAACGUUUCGUUUUUCCUAGUUAAAUUUUAAAGUGGUUCAAAGUCCGAAAUGUCUAUGAAUGUUUCCAUAGCUGUUUGUUUUUGGCAGCUAUUAACUUGCGCCUGCAUUAUUUUGAAUGAAAUAUUUAUGUUUUAGUAUUUAAUGGCCAAGAAGUCUUUUUAUUAGUUAUUGUUCAAGAGAUAGAUGCACUGUACAAAUAAUUAAGCAAAAUUACUUUGUGUGUGUGUGUAUAAAUAAUAAUAAUAGUGAUUGUUAUUAGUAUAGAAAUAAAAGGCAGUGCAAAGAAGUAAAUAAAGUCGAAA